AUGGUCCAACAGAAUAUUUUUGGUCUCAUAUGGAAUCAUCUAGAUGGUGAUACAAAAAAUAAACUUGUCAUGACGCCAGACAUUGAAGGCAAUUUACCUCUUCAUUUGGUGGCUCGCUCGAACUAUUCAAAGUACAUUUGUGAACGCUUUGUUAAAGAUCUCGAUACUCCUAAUGACAUACAUAAUAUGAUAUCACACAAAAAUCGUCAAGAUCGAACAGCUCUUCAUGAAGCAAGUGAAACUGGUUGCCUCGAAAUAUUUAAAUGUUUAUGGGAAAAUAUUAGCAAUCCUUCGAAAGGCCAUUAUGAAGCAAUCUUGAUUCCGAAUAAUAGUCCAAUAACAUGUCUCCAUUUAGCUGCAGCUGCAGGUCAAUUUGAGGUAGUCCACUUUCUUCUCGAAAAGUUUCCGUGUGGUCUAAAUCGAGUUGAUACCUAUCAACGUACUGCACUUCAUUUGGCUUGUCAAUACGGUCAUAAGAACAUUGUCGAAUAUUUGCUCAAACAACGAGCAUUGGUUACAUUACGUGACUAUCAACUUUACAAUUGUCUCGAAGUUGCCAUUGUUAAUCAUCAUCAAGAUAUUGUCGAGAUUCUCCUUGCACAUGAAUCAUGGCAUGACAUGAUGUGCAACGCUCAACCAAUUGAAGAUACAUGUGCAUACGAUACUCCUAUGCGAAAGUUAAUUCGACACAUGCCAUAUAUCACUGUUGAGCUAUUGACUAAAAAAUUGACACGAGUAGUUGGUGGAAAAGACCAACAAGUGUUCAAGACAAUAUACGAUUAUGAAUUCUUUGAAGAUGAGUUUAGAGUCAAAAAAUGGCAUCUUCAAAGUAUUGUAUGUUACAAAAAAUGA